GAUCGCAUGCGCUUAUGCAUACCGGUACGUACAUGUCGAGUUAAGUUUUCGCUCAUUUUUAUACUUUAUAGCUGAGGUCGUCAUCCAUCGACGGAUAUUUUGACAUCGACAUAUUAAAUCAUGGACAUAACUUUUUUAGGAACAGCAUCCGCUCAUCCAUCACCUACUCGGGGAGUGUCAGGCACGGUGGUAAAGAGUGAUGGAGAGGCAUGGCUUGUAGAUUGUGGUGAAGGCACCCAGAUUCAGUUAAUGAAAAGCUCAGUCAAGCCUGGUCGCAUCACCAAGAUUUUCAUCACGCAUCUCCAUGGUGACCACUCGUUUGGAUUGCCGGGUCUAUUAUGCACCCUCAACACAGCUUUCCAUGAUCCGGACAGAGAGGGCAGUAUUAUGGAGAUAUAUGGUCCUCAGGGUUUAAGAAAGUAUGUCCGUGUGAGCUUGGAACUGUCAAGAUCAGAGAUGUCAUACUCCUAUGUGGUACAUGAGCUUCAGGUUCCAGAUACUGACCAUCCCCACGACUGGAAGUCUUGGAAGCCAUCGCAUGAGGCAGAGGGUUCAUUGCAUCCGAAUGAAAAGGCAGGAAGAAAUAUCACUAUGAAUGCUGAUGGCAUUUACAAUCUACAUGAAGAUGAUCAUCAUAUCAUACGUGCUGCCCCUCUGACUCACCGGGUUCCUUGCUUUGGAUAUGUGUUUCUGGAGAAGCCUCAACCAGGCAGGUUAGAUGCUGAGAUGCUCCGGAGUAGGGGGAUCCCCCCAGGUCCACUGUAUGCCAGAGUCAAAGCAGGUCAAGAGAUAGAAGCUCCUGAUGGCUCAGUCAUCAAACCACAAGAUGUGGUAGGACCAACAAGACCAGGAAGAAAGAUAGUGAUCCUUGGAGACACUAAGGAAUCCUCAAGAAUCGUUCCCAUUGCCAUGAAUGCAGAUGUCCUGGUUCAUGAGGCUACUGUAGCGGACGAACUUCAUGAUAUAUGCAUUGAGAGAGGACACUCCACCCCAGCCAUGGCUGGUCAGUUUGCUGCACAGAUCCAAUGCAAGCAUCUAGUCAUCAGUCAUUUCAGCCAGAGAUAUUACCCAUUAUCACGUCAAUGCAAGGAAGGGGAUGAGACUGUUCAGAAACUUCUUGAUCAGACAAGAGCAACAUUUCCAGGAGGGAAGGUGACUGCAGCAGAGGACUUCAUGACCAUCUCUGUCCCUGCCAGAAAGUGACUGCAGCAAAGUACUUAAUGACCAUCUCUGUCUCUGACAGGAGAUGACUAUAGCAGAAUACUUCCCAACCAUUCUGUCUCUGCCAGGAGAUGAAUACAGCAGAAGACUUCCUGACCGUCUCUGCCAGGAGAUGACUACAGCAGACGACUUCAUGGCCAUUUCUGUCUCUGCCAGGAGAUGACUACAGCAGCAGACUUCAUGACCAUUUCUGUCUCUGCCUACAGCAGAAGACUUCAUGACAAUUUCUGUCUCUGCCAGGAGAUGACUACAGCAGAAGACUUCAUGGCCAUCUGUCUCUGCCAGGAGAUGACUACAGCAGACGACUUCAUGACCAUUUCUGUCUCUGCCAGGAGAGGACUACAGCAGAAGACUUCAUGGCCAUCUGUCUCUGCCAGGAGAUGACUACAGCAGAAGACUUCCUGACCAUUUCUGUCUCUGCCAGGAGAUGACUACAGCAGACGACUUCAUGACCAUUUCUGUCUCUGCCAGGAGAGGACUACAGCAGAAGACUUCAUGGCCAUCUCUGUCUCUGCCAGGAGAUGACUACAGCAGAAGACUUCAUGGCCAUCUGUCUCUGCCAGGAGAUGACUAUAGCAGAAGACUUCAUGGCCAUUUCUGUCUCUGCCAGGAGAUGACUAUAGCAGAAGACUUCAUCGCCAUCUCUGUCUCUGCCAGGAUAUGACUACAUCAGAAGACUUCCUGACAUCUAUGUCUCUGCCAGGAGAUGAAAAGACUUCCUGACAUCUAUGUUUCUGCCAGGAGAUGAAGACUUCCUGACAUCUAUGUCUCUGCCAGGAGAUGACUAUAGCAGAAGUCUUCCUAACCAUUCUGUCUCUGCCAGGAGAUGACUACAGGCAGAAGACUUCCUGACCAUGUCUGUCUCUGCCAGGAGAUGACUACAGCAGAAGUCUUCCUGAUCAUCUCUCCCCUAUUUUUUUUCUCUCCCUCCCUCUCUUGCACUUUUUGUCUCACCUGCAUAGCAGAGUGAGACUAUAGGCGCCGCUUUUCCGACGGCGACGGCGGCGGCGGCGUCAACACCAAAUCUUAACCUGAGGUUAAGUUUUUGAAAUGACAGCAUAACUUAGAAAGUAUAUGGACCUAGUUCAUGAAACUUGGCCAUAAGGUUAAUCAAGUAUUACUGAACAUCCUGCCUGAGUUUCAUGUCACAUGACCAAGGUCAAAGGUCAUUUAGGGUCAAUGAACUUAGACCAUGUUGGGGGAAUCAACAUCAAAAUCUUAACCUAAGGUUAAGUUUUUGAAAUGUCAUCAUAACUUAGAAAAUAUAUGGACCUAGUUCAUGAAACUUAUACAUAAGGUUAAUCAAGUAUCACUGAACAUCCUGCAUGAGUUUCACGUCACAUGACCAAGGUCAAAGGUCAUUUAGGGUCAAUGAACUUUGGCCGAAUUGGGGGUAUCUGUUGAAUUACCAUCAUAACUUUGAAAGUUUAUGGAUCUGAUUCAUGAAACUUGGACAUAAUAGUAAUCAAGUAUUACUGAACAUCCUGUGCAAGUUUCAGGUCACAUGAUCAAGGUCAAAGGUCAUUUAGGGUCAAUGAACUUUGGCCAAAUUGGGGUAUUUGUUGAAUUACAGCCAUAAAUUUGAAAGUGUGUUGGUCUAGUUCAUAAAACUUGGACAUAAUAGUAAUCAAGUAUCACUGAACAUCCUGUGCGAGUUUCAGGUCACAUGAUCAAGGUCAAAGGUCAUGUAAGGUCAAAGAACUUUGGCCACGUUGGGGGUAUUUGUUGAAUUGCCAUCAUAUCUCUAUAAGUGUAUUGGUCUAGUUCAUAAAACGUGGAAAUAAGAGUAACCAAGUAUCACUGAACAUCUUGUGCGAGUUAUAGUAGUUUUCAAAAUCAGCACUGCUGCUAUAUUGAAUCGCGUGAUGCAGGUGAGACGGCCAGAGGCAUUCCACUUGUUCAUUCUUUCUAUCUCUCUCGUUUUUUUUCUCUCUCUCUGUUGUUCUCCUAAAGUAACUACUCAAAAUAUAAAAGAAAGUAUGAAUUCUUCAUCAAUAAACUUGAUUUCACAAAUUUAUUUCAUUUGCAGAUAUUUUUGAAGAGUUAAUUCCAUUAUAAGCAAUGAGCAACAAGCGAAAUGGGCACAAGUUAUCACUUCAUUUAUCAAUGAAUGCAAAAAAAACAACUACUUUUUAAUUGUAUGCAUGCACGAACCAACAUAAAGUCUUCAAUUUUUGCACAGAAUAGCAUGUGCUCUAUCAAGAUUUCUUCUUUAAUUCCAAAAUGCUAUAUAUUUUUUUUCAAAUUCGAUUCCUUUUUUUUCCCUCUUCUAAACUGUGCUAAUAAGAAAAAUGUGAUCAAUUUCAAAAUGACAUGAACUAGUCCAGUAGAUAUGUGAAAAAGAUGCUCGAAUCUGGCAGAAAGUGUGAAAUUUGGCAUACAGGGGUAUUUUUGGGCGCUGAUUUCAAAAAUUGCCGGCCCCAAGCGAUUUGACCAUCGGGUCGGCCGCCAUUUUGAAAUCCAAGAUGGCCGCCAUGAUAAAUCAUUAAAUGUAAAUUUCUUGAGUUUUACAUGACAUGUGACACUGAAAUUUGGCAUAUAGGGGUAUUUUGAGGCACUGAUUUCAAAUAUUGCCGGCCCCCAGCAAUUUGACCAUUUGGUCGGCGGCAAAAUGGCCGCCAUCUUGAAAUCCAAGAUGGCCGCCAUGAUAUAUUAUUGCAAUCAUUUUCUCGAGUUUUAUAUGAACUGCGGUAUUGAAAUUUGGCAUAUAGGCUUAAUUUGGGGUGCUGAUUUCAAAUAUUGCCGGCCCCAAGCGAUUUGACCAUCGGGUCGGCCGCCAUUUUGAAAUCCAAGAUGGCCGCCCUUAGAAAUUAUUAAUGUCACUUUCUUGAGUUUUACAUGACGUGUGACACUGAAAUUCGGUAUGUUGAGGUAUUUAUAGGCACUGAUUUCAAAUAUUGCCGCCCCCCAGCAAUUAGACCAUUUGGUCGGUGGCUAAAUGGCCGCCAUUUUGAAAUCCAAGAUGGCCGCCAUGAAAAAUCACUAAAUGUCAUUUUCUUGAGUUUUACAUGAUAUGUGACACUGAAAUUUGGCAUAUAGGCUUAAUUCGGGGUGCUGAUUUUAAAUAUUACCGGCCCCAAGUGAUUUGACCAUCGGGUCGGCCGCCAUUUUGAAAUCCAAGAUGGCCGCCAUGAGAAAUUCAUUAAUGUCAUUUUCUUGAGUUUUACAUGACGUGUGACACUGAAAUUUGGCAUACAGGGGUAUUUUUAGGCACUGAUUUCAAAUAUUGCCGGCCCCCAGCAAUUCGACCAUUUGGUCGGCGUCUAAAUGGCCGCCAUUUUGAAAUCCAAGAUGGCCACCAUGAAAAUCAUUAAAUGUCAUUUUCUUGAGUUUUACAUGAUAUGUGACACUGAAAUUUGGCAUAUAGGGGUAUUUUGAGGUACUGAUUUCAAAUAUUGCCGGCCCCCCAGCAAUUUGACCUCCAGGUCAGCGGCAAAACGGCCGCCAUCUUAAAAUCCAAGAUGGCCACCAUGAAAUAUCGUUGCAAUAAUUUUCUCGAGUUUUGUAUGAGCUAUGGUAUUGAAAUUUAGCAUAUACAGUGUAGGUGUAGUUUAGGGCACUUAUUUCAAAUAGUCUUACCACCAGGUCUGCCGCCAUCUUGAAAUCUAAGAUGGCCGCCAUGAAAAUCACUAAAAAUCAUUUUCUUGAAUUUUACAUGUGCUCUGAACUUUGGCAAAUAGAGUACCUAUUUUUGGGUGCUGAUUUCAAAUAUUGCCAGCCACAAGUGCUCUGACCAUCAGUUCAGCGGCAAGAUGGCUGCCAUGAAAAACCAUAUCAAAAUAAUUUUCUUGGAUUUUACAUUAUAUAUGACACCAAACUUUGGCAUACAGAAGUACGUGGCACUGAUUUUUGCCGGCCACCAGCAAUGUAACCACCCAGUUUCGGCAAAAUGACCGCCAUGAAUUAAAAGCAAUGAUAAUUGUCUUGAGUUUUACAUGAACUCUGGCCCUGAAAGUUGUCAUAUAGGCAUAUAUUUAGGCACUGAUUAUUGUCAGACCCCUGUUUGGUUGCCAUUUUGAAAUACAAGAUGGCCGCCAUGAAAGAUUAUUUGCUCAAGUCUUACGUAUUGCCUUUACACUUUGAAUUUGGAGAAAAACUUGAUCUUUGCAUCCUUGAUCAAUGAAAAAAAACAUAUUAAAUAUAUGCUAUUUUGAAUUCAAAUAUGGUUACCAAGUUUGAAUGAUGUACAACAUUAUAAUGGUGAGUAAAACCCGUUGUAUUGGCACUGAAAACAAAUCCAACACAACCACAUCUUUGUCCGUUGCAACUUUGGCACCCUUAAUUGCUGAUAUAGAUGUUACGUAAGUAUGAAGCACCAUGAAUACAAAAACCAGCUAGCUUCUUCUGCAGUUCCACAUUUGAAGUGGCUUUGGUUGAAUAAUAACCGUCCGGAACAAUCAUUUUCUGUUGAGAGGCUGUAAAUUAUUUCUUUGAGUUUUAUAUGAUCUGCAGUAUUGCACUUUGACAUAUAUCGACAUAGUGCGGGGUGCUUAUUUCAAAUAUUGCUGGCCCUCAGCGAUCUGAUCCCCUGAGUCAGAAGCAAAAUGUCAGCCAUCUUGAAAUCCAAGAUGGCUGCCAUUAAAAAAGAUCAUUAAAAAAAAAUCACUUUAUCUAGUAUCACGUAAUGUAUUAUUUCAACAUUUGGCAUCUAGGGAUAUUGAAAUUGCCCCCAGUAAUCUGUCCAAUAGAUAUGCUGCAAAAUGGCCACCAUCUUGAAAUCUAGAGAGGAUCGACUGUCAUGAAAAUUCAUUGAAAUCAUUUUCUUGGUUUUAAAUAAUUUGAGGCACUGCAUUUUAGACAUACAGGCAGGUUUUUGGCCUGCUUGUUUCAGAAUAUUGCUCCACUAAUUGUGAUAUUUUAUUACAAAUCGACAUGAAGAUAAAACUGCUCCAGACUUGAAGUACUGAUGGUUAUAUAGUGGUAUGAUGAUGAUGAUGAUGAAUUAAUAUUAAUGAUGAAUGAUAAUAAUACAUAUUUUAUUGUUCAAAAUAGAAUUCAGUAACAGAAAUGCUCCGAAAAUUUAUUUUGCCCAUACCCUGUAGAUCGUGAGCCCGGCAGCAACUUAGCAGCGCCACGUCGGACGUUGCUCUAUCCCUUAAAAAGGGAAGUUCACCUCGGAGAAAAGUUUGUUGUAAAAACACAAGAAAAUAUGAUACAAAAAAGAUAUUGGUAAAUCCAUCUAAGAUAUCAGAAUUUUAAGUUUUUGAUUUGUGACGUCAAAAAACUGUACGAGCAGCUGCCCCAUUAUGUUGUGUGAUACAAAAUGCAUAAAUGGUUCAUCAUGGGUAAUUUUUUUCUUUCUGGAGCGGGUGUGAAAUCAUUUGUUUGUUGAUAUACUGAGGGUUCAAUAAAAAACAUUUUCAUUUUUUUUAGGAGGCUACAUUUCAUUGAGUUUUGUACUAUAAGAAACAUGGGGGAACUGCUUGCAUCUGACGUCACAAAUACACUAAAUGAAAUUCCAAUAGCUUUUUAAAUAUUUGAUGGAAUUUCCUCAAACCUUCAAUAUUGUUUUCAUUAUUUAUUAUGUUAUUGUUUCAAUAAACUUUUUGUCAGGGUGAACUUCCCCUUUAAUUCGUUGACCGCCAAACAGGGUAGAAGCAACUCCCCUCUUUUAACAUCUUUUGGUCUUAUGCUGUCGGAGCUUGAUCUCCCGAUUGUGAGGCGAACAUGCUCCCAUUGUCAGAUUGUCGAACACACAAUGGUUAUCAAUUGAAUCGUUUCAAAGUAAUUCCUGGAGAUCUGUAAGAUUCACUGUCAACCGCCUAGCAUAUAAAUGAUUGAUAGCAAUAAUAAAUGGAUUACCAUCAGUUAUACCAU